CCUCAGAAGCUGAAACACUACGUUCUACCACUAUAGCUUUUCAAGAACUUUCCGCUGGCUACCCCUUGCAUCUUGUGGAAGUUUCUCCGUCUUUUUUGCUAUUCACCUGAAAACAUCAAGUGGCUGUUUUAUCUCUGGAAUAGCUUUCACUGAAAAAAGAAGAAUCUAAAAGAAAAUUGCACAGAAAGCCCUGAGGAGGUGUGUCUAUGGAGGGAGAUCGGAGGAGACUUGAUUUCCCAGGAGGUCCACAUUGAUCCGAAAAGUCCAGCAACGAGCGCAACGGCGGGAGGCACAGAGGUUUCUCUUUUCAGGAGUGCACACCAGCCUCGCAUGUAGGGACUACAGACCCGCGGCUCUGCUCGCAGCAAGAUAAGAAGAAAAACAAACACGGGGAAGAAAAAGGAGCCCUUCAUGAAAUCCAAAAAAUCCUGAAAGACAAACACUGCGAGCUGGUUGCCAGGCCCAAGGAGCCAUGUGGACAAUGAGCAUGGAUUCGCUGUCUCUCUCACUUCUGCUUGCCGCACUCGUAUUUGCCAGAUUCGUCCCAGCAGCCACUGCAGAGGACGACGUCACGCCGCGCUUGAGCUUCUCUUAUGAUGCAAAAGAGAGGUCAGCCAGGAGAUUCUCUGCAGACGGGGUCUUCAAUUACACCUCUCUGCUCCUCAGCAAGCAAGAUGAUACGCUGUACGUGGGAGCCAGAGAAGCGCUCUUCGCCCUGGGCCUCUCGGAUAUCAGCCGAGGCCGGCUGCAGAGGAAUCUGACCUGGAGCACUCCAGAGAAGAAGAGAGAUGAGUGCAGCUUCAAAGGAAAAGACCUGCAGACCGAUUGCUUCAACUACAUCAAGAUUCUACUGCGUCUGAACAGUACUCAUCUGUAUGCAUGUGGGACAUAUGCCUUCAGUCCACUGUGUGCAUACAUAAACACCUCCGAUUUCUCCCUGGUGAGAAGCGCAACCGGGGACGUCCUGACUGAGGACGGUCGCAGCCGCUGUCCCUUCAACCCCGAGUACAAGUCCACGGCCAUCAUGGUCGAUGGAGAGCUGUAUGCCGGCACCGUCAGCAACUUCCAGGGAAACGAACCAAUCAUCUACAAGAGCCUAGGCCCUGGAACUGCCCUGAAAACAGAGAACUCACUGAACUGGCUGCAAGACCCAGCCUUUGUGGGAUCCGCCUACAUCCGGGAGAGUCUGCCGCCGGGCAACCCGGUCGGUGACGAUGACAAGAUUUACUUCUUCUUCAGCGAAGCUGGGAAGGAGUUUGACUUCUUCGACAACACCAUCGUGUCCCGCAUCGCCCGCGUGUGCAAGGGGGACAUGGGAGGGGAGCGGGUGCUGCAGAAGAAGUGGACUACCUUCCUGAAGGCCCAGCUCCUGUGCUCUCUCCCGGACGACGGCUUCCCCUUCAACAUCAUCCAGGACAUGUUCGUGCUGACGCCGGGCGGGGACAACUGGAAGAGCACCAUGUUCUACGGAGUCUUCACGUCUCAAUGGUAUAAAGGGGCCUCCAGCAGCUCGGCUGUCUGUGCCUUCACCAUGGAGCAGGUUGAGAGGGCGUUCAGCGGGCGAUACCGAGAGGUCAACCGUGAGACACAGCAGUGGUACACCUACAACCCUGCCGUCCCAGAACCGCGGCCUGGAGCGUGCAUCACCAAUGCGGCCAGGAGCAUGGGCAUCGGCUCCUCGCUGCAGAUGCCCGACAAGGUGCUGAACUUCGUGAAGGACCACUUCCUGAUGGACAGUGUGAUCCGCAGCCAGCCGCUCCUGCUGAAGCGUAGCGUGAGGUACACACAGAUCGCCGUGCACCGGGUGCAGGCGCUGAACAAGGCCUAUGAUGUCCUCUUCAUCGGCACGGACGACGGGAGGCUGCACAAAGCCAUCAACGCCAAGGACAAGAUGCACAUCAUCGAGGAGAUCAAGCUGUUUGCUCAGCCGCAGCCGGUGCAGCACAUUGAGCUGGACGCCGAGAAGGGCCUGCUCUAUGUGUCAUCCUACUCUGGGCUUGUGGAGGUGCCGGUGGCCAACUGUUCUAACUACGCGAGCUGUGGGGAGUGUGUCCUCUCCAGGGACCCGUACUGCGCCUGGACGGGGCGGCAGUGUUUGGACAUCCGAGGGGCUUCACCAAGGAGCCACUGGCAGCAGGACGUGGAGGACGCAGACACAUCGGUCACCUGCAACAGGACAUUCUUCAGCGCCCGCUCCUUCAGGCCCGCACCCCCGUCGCUGUCCGCCUGCCAGGUGAUUAUCAUACCUGUGAACACAUUCAGAGUGCUGCCCUGUCCACUGCGCUCCAACCUGGCAGAAAGGAAGUGGGAGUACAGCGAGAGUGCCAGCCGGUCCCUGUACGCCAGCCCGGAGGGCGGCCUGGUGGUGGUGGCACAGGCCGACAGGGAGGAGACCUUCGAGUGCUGGUCCGUGGAGGAGGGCUUCCGGCAGCUUCUGGCCAACUACUGCGUGAGGGCCGAGGCCCGGCCCGAAACCACCACCCUGGCGGGGCGCUCCCGGACCCCCCGGAUCCACCAGGAGGAGACCAUCAUCCUGCCCGGCGAAACGCGCUCCCUGCAGGUCCACACCAAGACCUACUGGAACGAGCUGAUCGUGGUGUGCGCUUUGCUGGGCUUCUCCCUGGUGGUGUUCUCGCUCUUCGCGGUGUACCGGAACCGGGACCGCAUGAAGUCCAUGCUCAAGGAGGGCGAGUGCCCCAACAUGCAGCAGAAGAAGCCCCGAGUGGCGGGCAAGCCGGCGGAGAGCCUGCCCCUCAACGGCAACACCCUCCCUCCCUCCACCUCCGACCACAAGGGCUACCAGACCCUCAACGACAACUAUAUCUGCAGCACCCCCACCCACGACUCCUCCCCCGACAACAGCAAGAGCUUCUCGGAGUCAGAGAAACGGCCGCUGAACUUCAAGGAGAGCCGCGUGGAGAUCUCGCCCACGUGCCCCCGGCCUCGGGUUCGAAUCGGCCCCGAGAUCAAGGAUUCCAUACUCUGAAAGCAAUCAAGAGACAGGAUCAUGUAAUGUCACAAAGGAACACGGUGGCUGAUGGGAAGUGGUGUUCUCUGAAUUAAGAAAACAGGAAUUAAUUAAAAAGAAGGGAACUUGAAAACCUGCAGCCACAUCACAGAGGGACACUUAUUUUGUUAUGCUUUGUCCCCCUUUUUAAUUUCAGCUUGUUCCUGCGCUGGAGGGAGCCUUUCUUUCAUUUUUAUUUCAAAGUCACCGCACUCAAAGCACAGCGACAAGCGGGGGAAAAUCCCACUGCAAUGUGGCCGACAUCUGAGAACACCCAGCUUCGGCGCUGCCUGCGACUGCCAUUAAAUGUCCUGGACUCCUCAUCGGUUCUCAUGGCCACACGAUCUGUCCAUCCCACCGACCUGUGCGUAUCGCCUUGGAAACAAAGCGAAGAGAGUCACGCGUCGCGCACAGUCUCCACCACCACAUCAUCGCCUCUCCGACAGAGGAAGAAGGACAAAUGCAAAUCUGAUGCAUUACAGAGGAUAACAAGCACACCGCGAGCUGCUGAACGUUCCUCUUCUUGAACGAUGGCAGCGAGCCUGCAUGUUGUCUGAGCCAUCAGAGCAAAGGUGAGCUCGUGACUCACACCUCAAAGCAAGGCACAGGAAGAAGAGGACAAGCACUGACUUCCCCAGAAAACACAAAGGAAGGAGCGUUUCAGAAAGGUGUUUUCGGAAACACGGUGUUCUUUUUGAAAGGUGCCUGCAUUUCACUUCAAAGAAGAGGACUUGCGAUAAUAUACUGCCAAAAAAACUGAAAAUAAAUCAGUGAAAAAAAUAAUUGGUGCGAAGGACUAGGACAGGGUUGGGAUGUACCUUUGCAAUAUGGAGAGAAACUCAUCCCGGGUUCUGCUGACGGAGCACUACGACAAAGGCAUACUAUGCAAAUAAAACGUGAUAGGAGAGGCUGAGACGAGUGGCGUGCUGUAUCAGUGAAUACGGCGUGUUUCGUCUGGGAACGAGGCCCCGAGUCCGUGUGUACACAGCCAUCCCAGUGGUUUCCACCAUUCUGUGCAGUAUUACACCCAAAAGACGUUAAGCACACACACAGUACAAUAACAUAUGCAACUCAUUUUGAGCCAUUUGUGCUGAAAGAGGUGAGGAAAAGCACAGGCAGAACGUCUCCUUAGACAGUUCUUGGCAUUGCUACUGUACACUGGGAGAGAGAGUCAGAGGAGCUAGGGGAGAGGCGGGUCGUGUUAACUCCCAUUCCAGAAGUUGUCCACUCAGUGCUCUCUGCUGACCUCCACUGGUCAGUGCUGGGUCCCGCGAGUGAAAUCGUCUCUGCACAUCCACACACACACAAAGUGUGACAGAACAGCAAAGGGAGAAGUACGAGACGACAGCGUUCUCUCGUGCGUUCGAAACGUAACCUAAACAACUCGCACGCCGUGCCAAAAACUGUUUGUCAGUCAGGUGUCCUGUCUUUUUUUCACCCGCCCACCUCCCUAGCUCAGUAUGGCUGACCUGCUUUCCCUCUGUCACACUCAGAGGGCAUCCCUUUUUCCGCAUUGUCAUGGUCGACAGGACACGCGCCGCUGAAUUCACGAUAACUGAUGAAAGAGAACCGCGUUCACAUUCAGGCCGCUUCACGAGAACGUGAACGCUGCUCUAUAGCUCCCUCAUCUCUGUGGUAGUUGUGUGUAGCUGUAGGGAGCUAGCAGCUCUGCACUGCCUCUGACUGAACUCUGACCGUAACGUCUCACGAAGGCAAACGGAACACAAACGGGAGCGCUGAAACCGCAGGUGUCCAGCUGCCCUGUCAGUAAGGACGGGUCUUCACUAGAACAUGGACUAGCCCACGGGAGACCAAGGAGCUUUAUGACCACAAAAAGGGAAGAGACUUGGGGCAAAUUUGAAAAGGAUUUGCACAUUUCUGAAAAUCCUAAUAACAAUAAUGACUGAACAGUAAAAGGGAGGACAGUGGAAUCCACUGAGACACAAACAGCAGCUGAAGGCGUUUAGGAAAAACAGGUUUCAGACAAGACAAAUGUCAUCAGUGAAUUACCUAUUACAGGGGAGAGAAAAUCACCAGCCAUCAUCAUCACACUGUUGAAAACCUCAUCGCUUAUCAAAAGGCAAACACACAAACCCGUUCUGAGAAUCCACCAAUCAAUUAUCAUUUUCCAAAGAUGCAUGUCACAUGCCAUGCAGUGGGAAAGUCCUUCCAAUCAGGCCAGCGCAGUUCAAAACUCCCAUCACCGUGAAGUGUUGUGGAAAGCAUCAGCGUGAUGAAGAGUAUUCCAAAAAAAAAAAACAUUCUUUUGAUUACAGUGAUAUUGUUUUGUCUUAUUUAAUUCUGUUCUGCGUAUAGAUGUUUGUAAAAGGAAUUUCAUUCGACAAAGUAGUUGCCCUAAAAAAGCAUACUGCCUCUGAAUGGUGACAGUGGUUGUGUGUAUAUAUGUACAUUUGUAUUGUAUUCGAGGGACCUGGUGCAAGACGUGCUGUUGUAGAAGUAGUGACGAACUAGAAAAACUGCACACUGCUGCUUUCGUUGUUUUAAUUAUUUUUUUCAGAAUUCUUUCUUCUUUUGCACAGAAUACUGUAACAAGCCUUAGUUCCAAGUCGGGGGGCAAUUUGUUGUUAAUUCUGUAACAAGUUCUGCACACCUUUCUUACGAGAUGCCUUCGAGCAGCGUUUUGUGUAUCAGUCAGUGCUGUGUUGCUGGGGAAAAAAAAUCAAACGCCUAGUUCUGGCCUUGUGCCGUCGCUGGCUCACCUGGACAGUGGUGACCUCACCUGCAUGUAAGCUAUGACAGGCUUGGCCAUAGUACUACGCUUGCCAUACUCAACACAGACUAACUAAGGUUUAAUACUAACCAGUGAAUGCCUUUAGAUAUCAGUAAUUACCCACACUAUAGUUCUGAUGACAUGGCGUAGCCCUCUGUAUUUGUUUUGUAUUUGCCUUGUAAUGAAAUACUAUGUCUCAAAACACUGUAGAUUUAUCCUGCAGUCUCAGUGCUGUAUAGCAGUAUGCUACCUGCCAGUCACAUGACACCUUAACCUCCCCCCAUACACAAAUCUGACUGACAGAGAUCUGAAGAGAUUCGCCAGAAAAGAUUGUCGUACCAUUUCAACCGCAGUAGCUAACACUCACAAAGUAAUAAAGAUCAAUAAAUUAUGAAAUUAAAGUGUUGAGAUUGUUGCAGCCGAAAGGGCAGCUUGUCGGUACUGGACCUUCACUGAUGAAUGUAGCAGUUUUACAAGAAAAACCACGAAGGAGAAGCAAGUGGGAGGUGCGUUAAGUCUUAGAGGAGGAGAAGAUGACGGUCGCUCUCAAAAAGACAGUGGGCAAUAAGUCGCUAAGCUAUGUAGCAGACUGACUCAGUGGAAAUAACGGUCAUCUUGAUCAGGUUUGAGUGAAUGUUUAAUGUUUAGUGCAGUAUAGAUGGACAGCAGAUGAAUAACUGUUCAUAUCUGAGCGUCUUCAGCUACCUGACUACAGAACUGCUAGGCUUGACAGGCAUGAGACGACAGGGGCAGAUUUAUCCAAAAAGAUGACGGUGUCCAAGCCACCAUGAAGCGACCUUCUGUGAGUCUCUGCCCUUGUAUGUGAGAAACAUUAAAUGUAUGUUUUUUGGCAGUAGUCAUCGCUGAUAAAACCAGGUAUACAGCUUGUUUAUUUGGUUAAACAGAGUGUAAAAAUUAAGUUAGGAAUGGGCUUAGGGUUUAGUGUUUGCAAUGUCUCACCUGUGGGCAAGAUGGUCUUGGACGAGUCUAUUGGAUAGAUUUGCCUGUCCAGAGCCAGACCACCCUCAGUGGUGUUGGACGCAGGGUUUACAACAGGCAGUGGAUCAUGAAAAAAUGGUCAGAGCUCCAGUAAUCCUGUACCAGUGCUGUAAGUACUGAAACCAUAGACCUCAUUGCGAAAGGUGCACUCCACUCAAACCUCCUCUUCGUAAAGCUCCUCCCUCUUUCUUUGACUCCACUAUUACAAGAGACUGUCUCAUAAGAUUGCAUGUAAAGUUGUUUUGCAAA